CUUUUUUUCUAUAGUGUACUGUAACAUGGACUGUAAACGUCACGAGAGUGUCGUCAUAGCUACGUAAGAGCUCGAGACAGCAAGCCGUAUUCCGACGGGAGAAUAUUUCUAGGGUGCGCGUGCGGCCGGAAUAAAACGAUUGUCUUGUUUUUGUUUUUGGCCAAAACGACAUGAUUGAGAGAUUCCGCAGUUUCGGACACUUUCUAACCGAUUAUAAUCGCCGGGCUUUUCGGAGAAGCGUGUUAAUAAAUCCGUUCAGUGGAUGUUCUGUGGACCGCGCUCGGAGUGUGUAACGGUGUUAACGGGACGCCUCUGGCUUCAGUGCACACUCACCGCGAGCGCGAGCUAGUCCCUUAGAGGCUUCUCUCCCUGCACCCCUCCUCUAGUCCGUCCGUGCCCCGUGCCUCUGAGCGCGCGCGCGUGCGAGAGCAAUGUUGCCGUGUUUGCGCAGAGUUCUACGGCCGGCGCUCGCGCUCCGCCCGCUCGUGCCUGUCUCUAACCUGGGCACGCACGCGCGCAAGGAGCCCGUGGAGCCGCUGAGCUCGCCGCAGGGAGCGCGAGACUUCAUCUACGGCCUCCAUCCUGCCGAGCGCUCGUGCCUUCUGCGGGAACUGCACCGGUUCGAGUCCAUCGCCAUUGCACAGGAACAAUUGGAAAUGGCUCCUCCGACCACCGCUCAGCUGAGAUACGUUCUGCUCCACAACGCCAUUCCCUUCAUCGGAUUCGGUUUCCUGGACAACGCCAUCAUGAUUGCUGCAGGCACGCAGAUCGAGCUGUCUAUAGGAGUGAUCCUGGGCAUCUCCACCAUGGCAGCUGCUGCUCUCGGAAACCUGGUGUCUGAUCUAGCUGGACUCGGUCUUGCAGGUUAUGUGGAAGCUCUGGCCUGUAGACUCGGCAUGCAGAUUCCAGAUCUGAGUCCUAAACAAGCCGACAUGUGGCAGACUCGAGUCAGCUCUCACACGGGAAAAGCCAUCGGAGUGGGAAUCGGCUGCAUCCUGGGAAUGUUUCCUCUCCUCUUCUAUAAAGAUGACGAGGAGAAGACUGAGGAUGGGGCCAAGGAUCCGUCUCCACCUCCACCUCCUCCUCCUCCUGACUCCGCCUCCAAGAGCGCAUGAUGGAGCACAAAGCUCCUCCUCCACGACUAAAGGAAAACAGACAGCUGAAACCCGGAGCCGAGCUGCACAUGGCAGCGCCUUUUCAUCGACACGUAUGCGCAUGGUUUUCUUUCACAGCAUCGUUGUGCUGAAGUGUUUCAGUGAGUUCCUGAAGUUCUUGAGAAACGAGAGCAUGAAGAGAACCUUCAACCAUUCCAACUGCAUUAUUUUUUAUUACUUCACACAAAUUUGUCUGUUUUUUUCUUUUUCUACAAUGCUAACGAUAGAAUUGGUGUAAAAAAAAAAAAAAUAACGAGAGCACUUCCUUUCCAUUUCACGCUUAAACAUAGAGCUAACAGGACGAUCAGGGCGAGAAACGACAGGAAGUCCGCUGAUUCGUCUGUUUUUUUUCUCGCGAACUGUUCAUUUUCCUUUUUUUUCCAUUGUUCUAAAAAAAGAUCCGGCACUAAUCUGGCUAACAAGAUUUUUUUUUAAUUAGCAUGAGCGCCUUUUUAUUAUUUUUUUAUUUAAUUUAAUUACAUUUUUUAUAUUAAUUUAAAGAAAUUCUCACUGAGCACAAAGGCUGAACGUUUUUUUCCCCAGAAUAUAUAAAAGAUGACUGUUGUGGUCGUGUAGAAGACGUCAGGCAUAAAUCCGACCAAAGACCAAAUCCUAAAAGGCAAUUUAUUUCUUCGUUAAUGUGAGGUUUUGUGAAUGGGGGAGGGGUCAGGAGAGGGGGAGGGGUCAGGGGUGUGUGAUAUUCUCAGUUAUUUAUUUAUAUUCCAUAUUUGCACGCUGCAUGAUGAUGUGAUCCAGAAAGCAGACACAUGUUUAAAAGCAGGAGUUCUUAUAAAGUCGCUGUGUUUUGAUUGAAGGAAAAAGAAGAACGUUUGUAUUUUAUGUGACAUGAAAUAACUUGGAUUUAAAGAAGAUUUAAAAUUAUAAUUUUUUUUUCAUUUUGUGUUUUAGCUUUAUUUAAUUAACAGCAUUAAUAUUUAAUUUUUUUUGUUCCACCAUUAUUAUGAAAUAUAUUUAAAUUGAAAUCUCAGAUUUCGCAAGAAGACGCUAGCUCUGGAUUUAACGUAUUUAACAUAAUUAGCUGCUUCCUCCAGCUGACGUCACUCUCACGUCCUCCAUCCUGACCUACAGGAAGUCAAUUAAAACAGAAACACGGGGCGUGGCUUUGAGUGAAAUCAUCUCAGCUUCCGUCAAACCAUGAAGGAUUUCAUUUCUGCAAUGUUGAAGGAUUGAAGUGGAGCAGAAUCCUCUGAUAAAAUCACAUCCUGUGGAGCAGAAACCUGGACGUUUAUACUCCGGGAAAUACUGGAUGACGUGGAGCCUGUUAGCUGCUGAAUCAGUUUACUGACCACCAUCAUCAUCAUCAUCGUCAUCAUUAUCAGUUUAAAUAACUCGUUGCAUCCUAGACACUGGAACACAGGACUAUAUGAGUGGUGUUGUUUGCUGGAGUGUGUUAUUUAUGAAUCAGGUUCAGGUUCACAGUGAAAUGACUUCCUCCCCGAGCCUCUAGGGGGCAGCCAUGAGGACUGAGAUGGAAAUGUGAGAGUCUGAACAAAACGCCACGUAUCCUCCUGUUAACACACAAUAACACACACACAUUAACCUAGCACGUCCCGAUUUAGCUGAAUGCGUCCUGAGGGGUCAAAGUGGGCGGAGCUUAAGAACAUUAGAAAUGUGAUCUGCUUGAUUUAGUGUUUAAAAUAUAAUUCUCUUCUGCACAGUGCAACACUUUCAACUUCCUUUAUCCUGGCUAACUUUAGCAUUGUGACUUCAGCUAGUUACAUUAGCUAAUUAACUACAUUUCUGUAAAUUAAAUCAGUACCAAAGUUUCUCAGCAAGCUAGCUAAUAAUCAGCUACGUUACUACUGUUAAUAAGCCAAAAGGGACUAUGGGAAAAAACGUUACACUAAAUGAACUGAUUAGCAAUGCUUAUUAGCCUUAGCUAACUAUUAGCUACCUGUUCACGUUGUGUUGGGAAGCUAAUCCUCACUCAUGCUAAUGCUAGGACUGUUACAAUCCAGCCUGAUCAAAGUCAAUUUAAGCCCCGCCCUCGUGAGCAGGAUCAGGGAAUCCGUAUGCGCACUACAUAGACACUUCAUAUCCACUACAUAACACGCUUCUGCCUUAAUGUAGAGGCCACGUGAGGAGAAAGCCUCCACACACACCCCAUGGCAUCAGCGCACUGUUAGCAUGUUAGAAACACACUCGUGACCCUGCAAAGCCCUUUUCAGUUCCGUUAUCACAACCCCACAACAACCAGCUACACAACUACACUCGAGGCUAAAAGGCUAGCUGUGGCUAAACCUGGAAAAGGUUUAAUUUUUUUCCAAAAAGGGUUUUUUUUCGGUAUGUAGUUUAAAAUGCCUGUUUAAAAAAAAUUAAAAGCUAAACUUUUUUACCAGAGGAAUUAAAAUCAGACCGCAAGCUAAUUAGCGAGUAUUUCUAAAACUCAGACAUAUCAGACGAUUAAAUUGUUAAAAUAAAUGGGUUAUUAUGAGAUGUAAAACUUUAUGGGCGUGGCUUUGAGGUAACGGAGCUGAAAGAGAAUGCAGCAGCUUUGUUUCUGGAAGUUUCUGCAGGACGUUUCUACGCUCCGUUAAAUCUGCAUGUGGUUUUAUUUUGCCGUUUGAUUUGGAAUGAUUUGUUCCUGUGUUGUUUUUGUGAUGAUGAUAUAAAGGGAUCGAAACCGCCGGGAGUUUGCAAUGACGUGUUGUCGUGGAAUGGCGUAACCAUGGCAACCCCAUGUCUCUCCUUUGAGAGACGGACCGAAGGUGAACAGGAUUUCACUGACCUCUGUGAUGUGAUGUUACACUGGAGCAAAGGAGGAAGCACAAGCGUGGAGAAGUGUGUGUGUGUGUGUGUGUGUGUGUUGAUUAGAGAUUUAAUCAUUAGCUUGUAGUGACUAUGCAUUAACGGUGAAGAACACCACAGAAUGUUUUUAUACCUGCAUGCUGACUUAUUUAUUAAACUUCUGAAAGGAGA